AUGGCGCGCAAGGACAUUGUGCUGACGCAGACUCUCGAGCUGUUUCACAAGCUGCAUGCGCUUGUGACUGGUGCUGACGCCAGUCCGGGCUCGGCCGAGGGCGCCCGCGCCGUGCCGAAUGCAGAGGCCGCGGCACCGGGAUCGCCUGCCACCAGCUCGGUCACGCCCAAACUGAUGGCUGUCAAAGAGAAGCCAGCUGUCGCGUGUGUGCCGAGCAUAGCUGACAUGGGCUUGACCCGAAUGCCGGCAAGCGGCAGCCCGGCGAGCGGGGCGACUGUCGGCCGCAAGCGGAAGCGAACCAUCGACAAGCCAGCAGACGAGACUGAUGAUCGCCAGAGCCCGUAUUCGGCAUCUUCCGCAGCAUAUGAGGCAUCGCCACGUAUGCUGGUGCGGCAGCGGCGACGCAAGUUAGGUGCGGGCAGCGCGAUCGGUAUAUCGGCCCCGCCACAAGCUCCACACAGCUUGCAGAGCUCGAUGCCGGUCUCAGCGCGGCUGGUGGAGCUCAUUCGGUCCGGCCAGGCCAGGGUCGGUGAUGUGAUCAUGUACGGUAGCAAGAGGGCGAGCUUGCAGGCCAAUGGGCAUGUACUUGACGCCGAGAGCGGUCAGAGCAGGCGAGUCCGCGAGUGGUCGGCGGCGAUGGCCGAGGCCAACAACGGCAUGUCGCCGCGAUCGCUGUGGUCAAAGUGUAUUCUGCGCGGGCAGACGCUCGGGAAGUGGCUACAGCGGUGGCAGUCGCAACCGGUGCAGUCGCGGCGGACGCUGAACCUUGCGUCUGUCGACGAUGAGCCACAGACCAAUGGGCAGGUCCUCGACGCCGAGCCGCAGGCUGAGGAGCUGGUGGUCGUCUUUUCUGACUUCAAAUCCAACGAAUCCGUUGAAAAUGCAAAGGCGAUCGUCGAGAUGCUCGGCGGUAAGGUCGAGAAGGAGGUGGAGCCCGAGCGGACGACGCACCUGGUGGUGGGUGGCGAGGAGGGAUGGACCACGCAGAAGAUGAAGCACCGGCUGGCUUGA